AUGUCUGCCGGCAGUCACGGCGAGCUUCUCUACGAAGCCAAAGUCCUCGACAGCAAAGUCAAGGACCCCAACGACAAGAAGGACGGCUAUGUCUACCGCGUUCACUACAAGGGCUGGAAGAACACCUGGGACGACUGGGUACCGCAAGAACGCAUCCGCAAGCUCAGUGAGGAGAACAAGGAGCUCGCCUCCAAUCUCAAGAAAGACAUGGACGCACAGCGCCGUGCCGCCUCGGGCAAGCCUCCGUCCAUGACCAUGACUUCCAAGAAGCGGCCAUUUGGCUCCGACCUGACCGGUUCCUCAGCACGUGGGAGCGAGGACAGGAGCUCUGAGGAGGAAUUCGUCCGCCGACCCGCAGUCCGCCUCUUCAUCCCCGAUACCCUCAAAUCGAUCCUCGUAGACGACUGGGAAAAGGUCACCAAAGAGCAAAAGCUCGUACCCAUGCCCGCCCCAACGCCCGUCGCCCAAUUCCUCGACGACUACUACCGCGCCGAGAGCGCCAAUCGUCGGCGGGGCUCCGCAGACGCCGAUCUUCUCGAAGAAGUCAUCGCUGGCGUCAAGGAGUACUUCAACCGUUCUCUUGGUCGCAUCCUUCUCUACCGUUUCGAGCGUCCGCAGUUCUACGAUGUGCACAAGUGGAUUGAGUCUGGUCAUGGCGAGCAUGCUGGCAAGACCCUCUGCGAUAUGUACGGCUGCGAGCAUCUUCUUCGUCUCUUCGUCUCCAUGCCUGACCUCAUCGCCCACACCAACAUGGACUCCCAGGGUGUCAGCCGCCUCCGUGAGGAGCUCUCCAAGAUGACUCAAUGGCUGGCGAAGCGUGCCGAGAAAUAUCUCUCAGCUGAGUACGAGCAUGCCGGCCAAGACUACCUUGACAAGGCGAAGAAUGGCGCUUAG